AUGGACGAUCACUGGUCGACAAAUUACAAUGAACCCGUCGUUUCUCGAGAUAGUUUCUAUGCUCCAAAGGAUAAAUACUUUCUGGUUUACAUCAUAUUUGUAAUGCACGGUAUGGGAAUGCUCAUGUCUUGGAAUAUGUUCAUCACAAUUGCUCCACAGUAUUACCACGAUUAUUGGUUCAAUGGGACAUCUUAUCAAGAGAGUUUUAUGUCAAUCAUCGGUGUAACAUCUCAAAUCCCGAAUGUCGGAAUUAUGAUUCUAAACACCAUAGUUGUUAUGGUGGGAUUCAUGAUGCUGCGAGUUGUCGUUCCCCUAAUCGUUAACUGUAUUCUCAUCGCGAUCAUCGUUGCUAUGGUUAUUUUUGUGCAGCCAUCGCCUGAUGACGUCACUUGGUUUUAUAUCGUUACAUUGGUCAUCAUAAUGCUCAUGAAUUUGGCAAACGGAAUUUAUCAAAAUUCCAUUUAUGGAAUUAUUGCCGAUUUUCCCGACAAUUAUAUCAAUUCGAUUAUUAUUGGAAAUAAUUUAUGCGGAGUUUUCACUUCGGUAAUGAGUAUUCUCACAACAGUUAUAUCCCCUGAUGACAUUAAACUGAAUGCUCUAUUAUAUUUUGCGAUUUCUUUAGUUUUUAUGAUAAUGUGUCUUGGAAGUUUGUACUUUUUAUUGAAGGCGCCAUACUAUCAAUAUUACAUUGCAAAAGGUGUUGAAGCUCGACGCGAAGAAUCUUUGGAUAAUCCGUCGCUUCUUCAAUAUUGGGAAUGUUUCCGAUAUUGUUGGGUUCAACUCUUCAACAAUUUCUACGUUUACUUCGUCUCGUUGCUCAUUUUUCCAGCGAUGAUGACCGACACUCCGUUUUUCAAAAAAUCUCCCGACGAUGAAUCCGUAUUUGGCGAUAAUCUCUAUUACGCGAUCAAUACAUUUUUAAACUUCAACUUGUUUGCGUGGAUUGGCUCGAUUGCAGCCAAUUAUGUUCAGUUGCCGACUGCCAAAUAUCUAUGGAUCGCUGUGUUAAUUCGGACCCUUUUCAUCCCGUUUUUCAUGUUUUGCAAUUAUCGACCUGACACCAGACGUUGGCCGGUUGUAUUUAAAAGUGAGUGGUGGUUCACAUUUGGAUGUACAAUUAUGGCAUUUAGUUGCGGAUACAUGAGCAGUUUAGCAUUAAUUUAUACUCCAAAUGGAGUUCCAGCUCGAUACCAAAAGCUCAGUGGAAUGCUAGCCUCAAUUUUUCUGAUGCUAGGAAUUCUGUGCGGAGUGGCGAGUACGCCCAUUGCUGCCUGGGUUAUCGAAACCCUCUAA